GAGGAAUAUUUGGUUCAGGAUCCUUUGGUCCAGGAUCCUUUGGUUCAGGAUCCUUUGGUCCAGGAUCCUUUGGUUCAGGAUCCUUUGGUCCAGGAUCCUUUGGUCCAGGAUCCUUUGGUCCAGGAUCCUUUGGUCCAGGAUCCUUUGGUUCAGGAUUCUUUGGUUCAGGAUCCUUUGGUUCAGGAUUCUUUGGUUCAGGAUUCUUUGGUUCAGGACCCUUUGGCUCAGGAUUCUUUGGCUCAGGACCCUUUGGCUCAGGACCCUUUGGUUCAGGGCCUUGUCUUUUUCGAAGCAUGCCUGUUGUAUCUUUUAGUUUAUACGCAAAAUUAA